AUGACUCAAGAAACAUCGACAUGGCUGAAUUUAUGCUUUGUAGAGAAGAUCCUGCGAAAUUCGGAAAGUGAUAAUUCGAUCCAAGUAACUAAUAUAUAUUCGGAACCAGCUACAAGCAAGGGUGACAAUUACACUAGCGACAUAAUCAGAAUAAUUGCCGACUUUUCUUGUAAUCAAGGUGGCUUUAAGAAUACAAAGAGGAAAUCAAUCAUCAUUAAAAAAAUCUCACCUAUACUCGAAGGUAAUCGAAAGAAACUUGUCACACAAUCAGGUUACUUUCACAAUGAGGCAUUGAUGAUGUCAGACACCUUGGAUAAAAUGAAUAAGUUAUUAGGACCAAACUAUCGCUUGAGUGGGAAAAUUCUCUACGUGCAAAAUGAAAAUCCAACGCUUUUAGUGAUCGAAGAUCUUGCGCAUCUAGGUUUUCGAAUGGCCGAGCGUUCGUUUGGUUUUGAUCUAUCCCAUUCCGUAUUGGCACUUCGUGGACUAGCCAGGUUUCAUGCAGCCUCUGUAGCCCUAUGCGAGAGGAUAAAUCACCACAUAUGA